AUGCACCUGUUACACACAACAGGAAGCCAAGGAGUUUACCAAGGAAAACAAUGGAGCUGCCUAAAAAUUUGGAUACUUUUAUGCUUUUUUACAAGAAUCUUUGCAUCAAAUGCUUCAAAACCCAAUAUUUUACUGAUAUUGGCUGAUGAUCUGGGUAUUGGAGAUGUAGGUUGCUAUGGUAAUGAUACAAUAAGGACCCCUAACAUUGACAGCCUGGCAAAGGAAGGAGUGAAACUUACUCAGCACAUUGCUGCAGCUGCUGUCUGUACACCGAGCAGAGCAGCCUUCCUCACGGGCAGAUACCCCAUCAGAUCAGGGAUGGCAUCCAGCACAGAAAGACGUAUUCUUUUUUGGAAUGGGUGUUCUGGUGGGCUCCCACCAAAUGAAACCACUUUUGCCAGAAUACUGCACCAGCAAGGUUAUUCGACAGCACUUAUAGGGAAAUGGCAUCUGGGUGUGAAUUGCAAAUCCCGCUAUGAUCACUGCCACCAUCCUUUAAAUCAUGGCUUUGAUUAUUUUUACGGCAUGCCUUCUACCCUUCUGAAUGAGUGUCAAGGCACAGAUGAGCCUGAACUGGCCAAGUCUUUGCAAGAUACCUAUUGGCUGUAUACACAGAUAAUCAUCCUUGCAGUGUUUACACUUCUGAUUGGAAAAAUUACCAACUUAUUCUCAGUAAGAUGGAAAAUAAUCCUAUGUCUGGCUAUCUGUGGUUUCCUGUAUUUCAUUUCCUGGUUCUCCAGCUAUGGAUUCACCAAGUACUGGAACUGUAUCCUGAUGAGAAACCAUGAAAUCACUGAACAACCAAUGAAGCUAGAAAAAAUCACUUCUAAUAUGCUUAAGGAAGCAGUUUCAUUCAUUGAACGGAACAAGCAUAGACCAUUUCUUCUCUUUGUUUCCCUUUUACAUGUUCACACUCCUCUCAUUACCACAGAGAAGUUUUUGGGAAGAAGCAGACAUGGCCUAUAUGGAGAUAAUGUUGAGGAGAUGGAUUGGAUGGUGGGAAGGCUUCUGGAUGUUAUUAACGAAAAAGGCUUGAAGAAUACAACUUUCAUUUAUUUUGCAUCUGAUCAUGGAGGAUCCUUGGAGGCUCACAGUGGAAAUGUCCAGCUAGGUGGAUGGAAUGGUAUCUAUAAAGGUGGGAAAGGAAUGGGAGGCUGGGAAGGAGGGAUCCGUGUCCCUGGAAUAAUUAGAUGGCCAGGAGUGUUACCUGCAGACACAGUUAUCAAUGAACUGACAAGCCUUAUGGACAUUUUCCCAACAGUGGUUCAGCUGGCUGGAGGCGCAGUGCCUCAUGACAGGGUAAUUGAUGGACGCUCCUUGCUGCCUUUGCUGCAAGGCACAGUUCAGCACUCAGAGCAUGAGUUCAUGUUUCACUAUUGUGGUGUGUUUUUGCAUGCAGUACGCUGGCACCAAAAGGACAGUGGCACUGUAUGGAAAGCUCAUUACACUACUCCAGUAUUCCAACCAAAGGACUCUGGAGCCUGUUUCAGAAGAAGAAUUUGCCCAUGUUUCGGGGAUGGCAUAACUCAUCAUGACCCCCCAUUGCUGUUUGAUCUCUCAAAAGACCCUUCAGAGGCCAAUCCUCUAUCAGCUGACACCAAGCCCUUGUUUGACACCAUAAUACGGAGAAUAGGAAAAGCUGUAGAAGAGCAUCAGAACACACUGACUUCAGUCCCACAGCAGCUGUCCCAUUACAAUAAUAUGUGGAAACCAUGGCUGCAGCCAUGCUGUGGGACAUUCCCAUCCUGUUGGUGCGAUAAAGAAAGCAACAAAGCAGAGGAUAUCCUUUAA